AGGAGGCUUGGGCUUUUCUGUCCCAGGACCUCUGAUCAGAUUAGCUCUUUUCCAUGGACACCAUGAGGGGACUGAGCACUGUCCUGCUAUUCUGUGUUCUUGCAUCUACUUACUUUCCUGCAGACAGCUCCAAUGUGUUUGUUGGAAAGAAGGAUGCCUUGUCCAUUUUAACAAGAAGGCGACGUGCAAAUCAGUUUGCGGAGGAGAUCAAACAGGGGAACCUAGAGCGAGAGUGUGUGGAGGAGAUCUGCAGCUUUGAAGAGACAAGAGAAGUGUUUGAAGACAGCACAAAAACAGACCAGUACUGGCAGACCUAUCAAGAAUGCAAAGGUGACAAAGGAAACAAAAAUGUAAGGAUAAAAGAGGAUGUCAAUAAACUGCGUAAAUGCCUGAAUAGAGACAAGUGUGCCCUUGGAAAUGGUACAAACUAUGAAGGAAAUGUAACAAUUACAAAGUCUGGCCAAGAGUGUCAGUAUUGGUCAAGCAAUUUUCCACAUCGCCAUAGGGAGUAUAACAGAAGUGACCUUAAUCCUGAUUACCUGUUAGAAAACCAGUGCAGGAACCCAGACAACUCAGCAGAUGGACCUUGGUGCUUUACGCGAGACCCACUUGUUCGGCGUGAGACAUGCAAUGUACCCGUAUGUGGCAAGGUCUACAACCCAACUAUUCCUGUCCUCCACAAUUCUACUUACAACAUCAAGGAUUGUUUGACUGAUCUGGGAAUUCAUUAUGAAGGAAACCUGUCAGUCUCAAUAGGUGGCCUGACAUGUCUGAAGUGGAGCUCAUCCAAGGCCUUGGAAUUAAGCAAAACUAAGGAAUUCUCCUCAUUUGUAAAACUUAAAGAAAACUACUGCCGCAACCCAGACCUGGACGAAGAAGGGCCUUGGUGUUUUGUGGACCAUCCCAACAAGACCUUUGAGUACUGCAAGUUAGAUCUCUGUGAUACCCCUCUUGAUGAGUAUAUCGCAGACAAUGGAAAGCAGUCUGGUCGUACUGUAAUUCAAGGAUCCAAGAAAACUUUCUUUAACCCCAGAAGCUUUGGGAAUGGUGAAGCAGUUUGUGGUAAGAGACCCCUGUUUGAACAAAUAAAUAAAGAGGAUUCCACUGAUAAAGAGUUGCUUGAGUCUUAUGUAAGAGAACGAGUUGUUGGUGGAGAGAAUGCAAAAGAAGGCAGUGCUCCCUGGCAGGUGAUGUUGUAUAAGAAGGCUCCUCAGGAACUGCUUUGUGGAGCCAGUCUGCUUAGUGACCAGUGGAUUCUGACUGCAGCCCACUGUAUACUUUACCCACCUUGGGAUAAAAACUUUACGGCUUCUGACAUCCUGGUGCGCCUUGGGAAACAUUUCCGUGCUAAAUUUGAAAAACUGCAGGAGAAGAUUGUAGCCAUUGAUAAAAUUAUUCUGCACCCCAAGUACAACUGGAAAGAGAAUCUAGACAGGGAUAUUGCUCUUUUACAUAUGAGGAAGCCAACCAGCUUUACAAACUAUAUCUGGCCAGUUUGUCUGCCAACCAAGGACGUUGUUCAGAACCUCAUGUUCGCUGGAUUCAAAGGCAGAGUAACUGGAUGGGGCAAUCUGUUUGAAACAUGGACGUCCAAUUCUCGCUCAUUGCCAACUGUUCUGCAACAAAUUAAUCUGCCAAUUGUUGACCAAGAAAAGUGCCGCACUUCUACCAAGAUCAAAGUGACUGACAACAUGUUCUGUGCAGGUUACUCCUCCUCUGAUUCAAAACGGGGUGAUGCCUGUGAGGGAGACAGCGGUGGACCAUUUGUCAUGAAGAAUCCAGACGAUGGGCUCUGGUAUCAAGUUGGGAUUGUCUCCUGGGGUGAAGGAUGUGACCGUGAUGACAAAUUUGGCUUCUACACCCAUCUUUUCCGCAUGAGAAAGUGGAUGAUGAAAGUCAUUGAAAACCAAGACUCCUCAGACCAAUGAGAAUAUGCAAAGAUAUGUUUGACUGCUGGUUCACCAGGAUUCAAGCUGAUUGAAAUUGUUGAAAACACCAACCAUGACUAAAUAAAGUGCAUAUUCUGUGUUGCCUUUCCCAAUGA